GCAGCGCCCUGUGGAGCAGGACAUUUGGAGAAGGGGCUCUCUGCUCCUCUCUGAUGUGCUCCAGCCUUUGAUGCGUCCUUCCAGCUCAAGCAAAGGAAAAGGGGAAAGCGAUUUGCAAGAAUCCCCCCCCCCCCCCUUUUUGUCUUUGUUCAGAGAUGUGGGGUGCAGUUGCCUUUGGGGUAGAAAAGAUCAUGUCUGGAUCGCAGUGAUUUGUCCUAGAGUUUCCCAUCGUGUGAUGUGACCUUUGUGAUUUCAUCCAAGGAUGAAAAUGGAGGAACAGGGCCCCACAGGGUGUACAAGAGGGGAGGCAUCAGGGAGUAAAACCACUCAUGCUCUCCGGGAUAGUGUGGGUCACAACCCUAGGAUGGACUUGAAGGGGAGAAGUAAUGCCCCUGAAGUAACACCAUUGGGGAGUAAUGAGGGGUACCUGACUACAAUGAAUCUGUAUCAGGUGAAGGAGGAACCUGGAGAAGGCUUGGCCCUGCGCUGGGAAGACCAGUGGCAAGAGUUCCUGAGGACAGUGGAGUCUCCUCGGUCAGGGAAGGAAAUCCCAGAGUUACUGGUGCAACCUGCACCCUGGGACGACACUAAGGCCUUCUUGGCCUCCUUCGAGCAAGUGGCUGAAGCCUGUCACUGGCCCAACAACGAGUGGGUGGCUCGUCUCCUGCCAGCCCUCAGUGGGGAAGCCAAACAGGCUUAUAUUAGGCUGGAGGCUCGAGACAGAGAGGAUUAUGGGAAGGUCAAGGCAGCCAUCUUGCAAGGAGAUGCCAUGAGCAGAGAGAAGAUUCGCCAGCACUUCCGGCAGUUCUGCUACCAGGAGGCUGAAGGGCCGCGGGGGGCUCACAGCCGGCUUCAGGAGCUUUGCUUUCAGUGGCUGAAGGUGGAGAGACUCACCAAGGAGCAGAUCCUGGAGCUCUUGAUCUUGGAGCAGUUCCUGACUGUCUUGCCUCCAGAAAUCCAGGCCUGGGUGAGGGACUGUGGCCCAGAGACCUGCUCCCAGGCAGUGGCCCUGGCUGAGGAGUUCCUCCAAAGGCAGCGAGAGGCCCAGAGGCAGGAAAAUCAGGUGGCUUUUGCGGAAGAGGCGGUUUGUUUCUCCAAGGCAAACCAGGCCCUGUCGGCAGUGGAAGAGAAGCAACACUGCUCAGAAACCAAGCAGGAAGAUACUGGAGACUCCAGCCUGCUGGGUGACAGCUGGGAAAGUGAAAUGGAGGAAGGUGGUUCACCCAGCAUGUCCCCGGUGAGAAUAAGGGAUGAGAUGCUUAAGGAGAACUUUUGGGAUCGAGACAGACUGGAACAGCAAGCAGGGAACCACACAGAGAAAAAGGAGAAAUCUGUCCUUUGCCAGGACACAGACUUCCAAAGAAACCCAGCUGAGCAUGUGCAAACCGAAAAGAGAAGGAGCAAGCAUCUCAGUGCUCGUUGGAGAAUUCACGCAGGAGAGAAACCAAACAAAAGUUUAAAAUUCGGCAAGAGUUUCGGCUGGGAAAAAAACCUCCCUGAGUGUCAGUUGCUCCACUCCGGACCGAAACCUUACAAGUGCUCUGUGUGUGGAAAGGGUUUCAGCCAGAGCACACACUUGACUUCACACCAGAGAAUCCACACUGGGGAGAGGCCCUACAGCUGCUCAGAAUGCAGCAAGAGUUUCAACCAGAGCACGAGUCUGAUCCAGCACCAGAGAAUCCACACGGGGGAGAAACCAUACCAGUGCUCCGAGUGCGGGAAGAGUUUCCGCCACAGCACCAGCCUGACCUCGCACCAGCGCAUCCACACGGGGGAGAAGCCGUAUAAAUGCUCAGAGUGCGGCAAAGGCUUCUGUAACCAGUCGGGGCUGAUCAACCACAAGACGAUCCACACGGGGGAGCGUCCGUAUAAAUGCCUGGAGUGCGGGAAGAGCUUCAGCCAGAGCACGCACCUGACGUCCCACCAGCGAAUCCAUACGGGGGAGAAGCCGUACAGAUGCUCAGACUGCAGCAAAACCUUUUGCGAUCAGUCGGGGCUGGUUAAACAUCAGAGGAUUCACACCGGGCAGAAACCAUAUAAAUGCUUAGCCUGUGGGAAGAGCUUCAGCCAGAGCACAAACCUUAUCAGACAUCGGAGAAUUCACGCAGGGGGAGAAGUGCCCGUAUUAGCCUCCCCCUGAACUUAGAUAAGCAGACAGAGCCAGUUUGGUGCAGUGGUUAAGUGCGCGGACUCUUAUCUGGGAGAACUGGGUUUGAUUCCCCACUCCUCCACUUGCACCUGCUGGAAUGGUCUUGGAUCAGCCGUAGCUCUCGCAGAGCUGUCCUUGAAAGGGCAGCUGCUGUAAGAGCUCUCUCAACACCACCCACCUCACAGGGUGUCUCUUGUGGGGGAAGAAGAUAAAGGCGAUUGUAAGCCACUCUGAGAUUGAUUAAGAGAGAAGGGCGGGGUAUAAAUCUACCGUAUUCUUCUUAUGUGCCAUCUCCUUACCGAAGGAUUAUGAUGCGUUUGUGACUUUUGUGCAUAUUUUAAUACAGGGAUCCCCAGCAUGGUGCCUAUGGGGUGCAAUGGCAUUUAAGGACACCUUUCCCAGCACCCACAAAGUGCUUUUAGAAAGUGGGUGGAGCUAAGUGGGGUUAUUACCCAGCAAGGUUUUUGAUUGAGCACUGGGGGUUUGAUUGGUUAAGAACAUAAGAGAAGCCAUGUUGGAGCAGGUCUGUGACCCAUCCAGGCCGACACUCUGUGUCACACAGUGGCCAAAACCCAGGGACCAUCAGGAGGUUGUGCAGAUUUGUAGAAUUGUGACUUUGGCUGUCACCACAGCACAAGGAUCGUCACUCGUGGCAGCCAUUUUCUAGCCACCUCUGCCUCCUGUGGCAGCCAUUUUGAGGCUGCAGCCACCACACUCCAAAGGUGCCCGUAUGCUCAAAAAAGUGGAGGACCUCUACUUUAAUGGAGUUGUUUCAGUAGGUUUGUUUUUACAUAGGUGGUGUACAGGAUCCAUUCCUUCUGCAUCUGUGGGUGUGAUAAAAGGUUACUGGAAUACAGAAACUGAUCACGUCAGGAGUACACGUCUAAAUUUGCAUCUAAAUUGACAUGAAAGAGUCUUCUGUUCGUGUUACAGUGAACACAUGUACAACUGGCAUGUAUACACAUGCAUCUGUUUGUGAGAAAGAGCUAACGUGUGUUCACUUCACAAUUAAACCCAGAGAUCAAAAACGGCUUGUACAUGUGCAUUUUCUGUCAUGGCCCACCCAAUGGGUCAGGAUGAACUGCCACCCUCCUGACUUUCUAUUUUCUGCAAACUAUGCAAAACUGAAUUAUUGAAGAGCAGUUUGUUUUUGUUUUAACAUAAGGCUUUAUUGUAACAAAGUGGUUCUGAAAUACUUGGGUAAAGAGUUAAAGACUAUGGACUAUGGUACUCUAUACCAGGGGUGGCCAACGGUAGUUCUCCAGAUGUUUUUUGCCUACAUCUCCCAUCAGCCCUGGGAGUUGUAGGCAAAAAACAUCUGGAGAGCUACCGUUGGCCACCCCUGCUAUAUACAGUUCAUACUGUCUGUUGCUGUAAGAUCCUGCUAUGUAAUUUGUUAGCAUCAUUUAACAUGUCCUGUUAAUACUUAUGUGUUUUUCCAGCUUUGUCCCAGAUCCUGUUGCAUUGUUCAAAUCCUGGGUGUCCCAUUCUGUUGAUUGUGUUGACUUAUCAUCAGUAAUAUAUAAAAGCCUUACCACAGUG